AUGACGCAAGUUCUCCUACACACAUCGGUGGCGAACUGCGGUUCCCGAACUCUCGCACCUAUCUUUGAUCUGGGCCUUACGGCCCAGCCAUGGUUGACUCAGACGCCUCAGAGCGUUGAGAACCAAAUAGAAUCGCUCGACAGCGCCGUUCAUCGCCAAGCAUGUAUAAUCAAAAGGCUCUCAACUCCUCGAAGCAUUUGGUAUCUUGCAUGCAUCACGGUGCCUAAUCCUUCAGAGCCGGAGCUACGCCAAAGCUCCAAUCAAGAUAUCGAGCGGCUGUCCGACUUCCGGCUCAUCCACAUCAAGGCAUCCAUCAUCCACGUAGAUAUGAGAGAUCGGGACGAGGUGGCCUUCAAGCUGACCACCGAAUCAAUAAACUCCCUUGUUGAGUACUACGAAAGAUCCCACCGUGUUGGUCCCGUGGCGAAGACGCAUGAGCGGUCUAGGAAUGAUCGAGUGCGGAUUAAGGUGUGUAACGACUUUACACGAGCCAUCAAAGAGUUCGUGUACCGUACACAUGUCUACGCUUUGGAAGGACUCGAAAAGAACGGCGCCGGCGAGUUGCUUGUCAAUGAUAGUGAAAAGGUGAAGGAAAUCAUUCUGAGCAUGAUGUAA